AUGAGCAGUCAACGCACACCCAUUGAACCACAGCGUGUCGACGCUCCAUUAACGCAAUCCGCAACAUUCCUUGUUGUAACAGCAACCAAGAAGCCCGAUUCAAUUCAAACUAUCAGAUCCACACUCGCAGGGUUAGACAGUCUCGCCAAAAACGUCUCUAUUCGCGACUUGAGUGCCCAAUUCGCCUGUACAGUCGGCAUCGGCAGCGAUAUAUGGGAUAAUCUAACCAAACUUCCUCGACCAGCCGAGCUGCAUCCUUUCCGCGAAGUCAAAGGUGCCAAACACACAGCCGUUUCAACACCAGGCGACCUACUCUUUCAUAUUCGCGCCGAGCGCCGCGAUAUCUGCUUUGAGUUUGAGCGUCAGCUCAUGGACCAACUAGGCGAUUCUGUGUCAGUCAUCGAUGAGACGAUUGGAUUCCGCUACUUUGAUGUUCGCGAUCUUCUUGGUUUCGUAGAUGGUACCGCCAACCCGGUUGGACCGUCUGUACCCUCUUCCGUGCUUGUAGCGGAGGAGGACACGGCUGCGUCGGGUGGAAGCUAUAUCGUUGUUCAGAAAUAUGCGCAUGAUAUUGCGGCUUGGAAAGGUCUACCUGUGGAACAACAGGAGAAGAUUAUCGGACGCACGAAGUUUGAUAAUGUUGAACUUGAUGAUGCUGUUUCUGGACAGCGGUCUCACAAGACCCUUAAUACUAUCGAGGAUGAGCAGGGUGAUGAGCAUGAUAUUCUGCGCGACAAUAUGCCAUUUGGGUCUCCUGGAUCUGGAGAGUUCGGAACCUAUUUCAUUGGAUAUACUCGUCGAUUGUGGGUCAUUGAAAAGAUGCUAGAGCGGAUGUUUCUUGGGGAUCCCCCGGGACUGCAUGAUCGGUUGCUGGAUUUCUCGACUCCUUUGACAGGGACGACGUUCUUUGCUCCAUCUGCUAGUCUGCUCGCAAGUCUAGACUCCGAUUGA